UGUGGACUUAUGGCCAUUUGAUCCGCAUAGAAUAGAAAGCUAAUCAUGAGGACAAAGAAAAAUCAUGAAUGAGAUAACAAGAAGUCCAUUCGUCUUCAAAAGUUUGAAGUUAGGCAUAAUGCUGAAAAGAAUGUACACAAGGGAUGAUGAAUUCAAAAUGAUGUAGCCAAAGAGGUAACCUUGUUCAUACUGCUGAAAGAAUCAGCUCUUGUCGACUUUACCACCCAACCAGCCAUGACACUGACCUGUGGCCACCAACACCAAACUUGUGGGCGGCUAAUGAACAUAGCUCAUCAAGAGUUGAUGGAACUACGUCACCACGCACUCAUGGCACUGCCCAAGCCCAGUGCUUGCUAUAAAUUGCAACCACAUGCCUUUAUUCACUUCCAAACUCUAGCUUUUGAAAACCCCCAAUUUUCUAGAUAAUCUUCAGUGCUUCCUGGGUUUGUUCUUAAGUGAUAUGCACUAUGCAGUUCAGUCCAUGGUCUCAGCUAGUCCAGCACCACCAUUAGGGGACCAUUUAUGUGAAAAUGGAUUUGAAUAUGUUAAAAUUCUCCCUGCCAUUAAUGAUGCCCAUGGAGGAGUCAUUGUAGACUUGAAGGAGGCUAUGGACCCUCAAGUUUUUGCUGCUUUGCUUAGAUCUUCACUUUCACAAUGGAAGCAACAGGGAAAAGAUGGAGUCUGGAUCAAGUUACCUAUCGAGCUUGUUAAUCUUGUUGAAACUGCAGUCAAGGAGGGUUUCUGGUACCACCAUGCUGAGCCAAGUUAUGUGAUGCUAGUUUACUGGAUUCCUAAAAUAGGCUGCACAAUCCCUCCAAAUGCUUCCCAUUGUGUAACAGUUGCUGCUAUUGUCUUAAAUCAUAAGAAAGAGGUGCUUGUAGUCCAGGAAAAAAGAGGCAUAUUCCACGGGAUUGGCGUUUGGAAGCUACCUACUGGAAUAGUUGAUCCGGGUGAGGACAUUUUUGCAGCAGCUAUUAGAGAAGUAAAAGAAGAGACAGGAGUUGAUACAGAAUUUGUGGAAGUACUAGCAUUCAAACAGGCACACAAUUCAUUCUUUGGGAAGUCAGGUCUAUCUUUUCUUUGUACGCUGCGUCCUCUUUCUUUUGACAUCAAAAAGCAAGAGCUGGAAAUUGAGGCAGCUCAGGGUGAUAUAACAUCAAUGGAUAAUCUUCCGGUUUAGGAUCAUUUUUGUCCAAAACAUGAGCUGAACAUUGCAAAGUCAUCAACAAAGUCCAAUGGUGCAAGCACUAUGAAAAUCUUAACUGAAAAGAGAAAUUGACCUGUGAACACUGAACAAUCACUUUACCUUAAUAGAAUGAACGUUAAUUAUUUCACAAAAAAAUCAUGGUUAUCUGUACUAUAAACUUGUCCAAACAUUCUUUAACCCAUAAACCUACAUAAUUUCAUGAUUCGUUCUAAUCACUGUCCUUCAAUUUGUGGAAGAAUGAAGUGCAACUAGUUAUAGUAUUGGAAUCUAUGAUUGAGGAUUUUUUCUUUGUUCCAAGUUUUUCACAAAUCAAACCAAGAUCCCUUGAUAAAAUCAUGAGUUAAUCUCUACAUUGAGAAUAGAGAGGAGGGGAUACUAGUAUGUUAAACUAAAGAUUCUUUACACGCAUUCUGCAUAUCACUCAAUGCAGACUUUCUACUAUUGUAAUGUAAUCCACAUUCCAUAGUUGUUGCAUUAGUGGUACAUUUUGAAAUCUGUGUUGUUGAUUAGUUCAAUUCUCUUUGUCACAAUUUCUUUUGGUGUGCUUUGU